UCGGCUCAGUUGCAGAGUGGCUUUCGGCCGGAACGGUCUCCAGGCUCGCGUUGUCCUGGUGCGCGCGACGGCGUGUGUGUGUGUGAGAGAGAGUUGUGAUUGGAAAACAUAAUUCAUCUGAAGAAAAAAAUAAAGUGCGGAAACCACAUCCUUUCGGGCCAGGAUUAACGGAGGGCUUCCAACGGGGGGCCGCCAGCGGAGUGUCCACCUCGAUCGCAAGGUGCUCGAUAGAGUGAUUUUGUGGAGUUUUGGGAAGAAAAAGAAAAAUUUCGGAUCAGCAAAGAAUCGAUUUUGCUUUGCGUGUGUGGGAGAGUGGAAAGUGUUAUCAAUCAAAAAGGGGUUAGUUCGAGAGAUAUUUGAAGUUUUAGUUAGCUUACAGAAGUUACAGUGAGUGCAGUGUAUGAAUAAGAAUUGCGCUGUCGAAUUCGGGCGUAAUUCCAUUCAUCGAAAGUGAAAAUUCUGCAUUUCUUUGUUGAAUGAAGGAUUGAAAAAAAAAGUUCGGCAGACAUCGCCUUUAUCUUCAUCCCGACGACACAGACACAUCUGUGUUUGUUAGCGGUUGCCCAAGAAACUGCCAGACAAGAAGUGUACAAUCGACAACAUAAAGGUGGAACCGUAAUCGAAUCAUUCCCGUCGAAGCACGCUCUCGGCCUUCCAUCGUCGGUCAUGGAGGUGCCUGCAAGUAGCGCCAGUAGCAGAACGACCGACGCCACAGUCAACUUCCGUCAGAGCUGCCAUCACCACUCGACUCGCUCCCGAGCGUCCACAUCCAGCAGCCAUUCCCCGCGCUUCUCCCCCGCGACAGAAAUGAUCUCGUCACGCGGCAGUAGCUGGCGGCGGUCCACGUUCCGGGGCCCACCGAAGCUGGCAUUCGUCAUCCUAUUGCUCAUGGCCGUUUUCGGCAGCAGAAGUAAUCAACUAGUACAAGCGGAGAUUUUGAAGAUCCCGAAGACUGAAUUCACCAACUUUAGCGAAACACCCAACUACAUUAGCUCAACGUCUUACAACGCGCGCGGAAUGGGUCCGCUGUACAAUCUGACCAACAUUGCGAUCCGGCUGUUUGUCGACACCGAUCCGGUCCCAGAAGGCUAUCUAAUCGUAGAGGAAGGAAGCAUCAAGCUGGGCCCAAAUGUGCAGGAGAACAACUGGGGACCGCUGCUGCGCGAGUACUGGGCCGUCCUGCUGGUCACGGUCAUCUGUGUCCUGCUGAUUGUGCUGAUGCCAAUCAUCGGCCUGUGUCUGUGCUGCUGCCGGUGCUUUGGCGGAUGUGGUGGCCGCACGCAGCCCUUCGACAAGAAACACGACACCUGCCGCCGGGUGCUGCUCGGACUGCUGCUGAUAUGUACCACUUCUUCGCUGGUGUUUGGAGUGGUCAUUGCGUUCGCUACAAACAGCUACCUGCAGCAUGGUGUUGAGAACAUUACAACUUCGGCCCGGUACGGCGUGGACGAUACACGUGAGUUUCUAAAGUCGACCUCGCGCCACAUUUCCCAACUGCUGGAAACGAACUACCAGGAGCUCAACAGCCAGCUGAAGAAGACCCUCGGCGAGGCGUCGGACAUCAUCAUUCAACGGUUGGAGGAGGAAUCGCAGGCCGAGAAGCUCAACACGUUGAAUGACUUUGUCGAGCAGCUUCCGGCCAUCAAGAACAACCUGGACCGGAUGACGCUGCUGACGCGGGAACUGCGAGUGAACGCCUCCCAGCUGAACGACGGAUUACGUGGCGUUAAACGAGAACUGUUGGCCUCGCUGACCAAGUGCGGCACCCAGGAGUGCAUCAACGUGAUGGAGGACUACAAAAUCGGUCGGCUCGACACCAACGGGAUCGAUUACAACUCGAUACAAGACAGAUACUUCCCGAGGCUUCCGGACUUGACCGAGAUCACCAACAGCGUGCAGGACCUGGUGUCUGGCAAUGUGGCCGAUGCGGUCAAGGAGGGCGUGGACGAGCUGGAGAAGCUGAAGCAAACGCUGAAGCGUACCGUGCGGGACAGUAUUCCGAUGGUGACGGCCGCUGCGGAUUCGACCGGAAGUGCCAUCAAGUCGGCAUCGGAUGAGCUGACGUCGCGGCUUAACAGCGUUCGGAACUUGAUUGGGAACAACACUUACAAGCACCUGGAGACGGCCGACGAUUACAUCGUGCAGUACAGCAUUUAUCGGUAUUACGUGGGACUGGGGGUUAGUUCGGUGCUGCUGUUGAUCCUGAUGUGUCUCGUGUGCGGACUGCUGUGCGGAAUCUGCGGCAAGAGACCGGAUGGCUACGGGGAUGAUUGCUGCAACAAGGGCGCCGGUGGACGGUUCUUGAUGUUUGCCGUGGCCAUCAUCUUCCUGACCUUCUCGGUGAUUCUGGCAGUCACGCUGGUGUCCUUCCUGGCGGGGAGCGUCCUUCGCCGUGGCGUGUGCGACUCGCUGAAGCACCCCCGGGACAGCCAGGUGAUUGACUACAUCGACACGUACUUCAACGUCAACAAGCAGUACGAGCAAAUCCGAUCGCAAAACACGCGCUCCAAGUGGAAGCUCCAGGCGAAUGCCCGCCCGGAUCCGCUCCGGAUCGCCGAGGUGAUCGAGUCGUGCAGCAAAAACAACUCUGUUUAUGAGGUUCUGAAGCUGUCCAACUUUUACGACAUUCAGGAGAUUCGCCAAUUCCCCGAAGAUUACGGUAUCACGCGUGAGUUGAACGCGCUCAAAGAGAAGAUCGAGAUCAAAAAGGUAGACAUACUGUCGCCAACGGCUAAGAAAAACAUCGAAGAGCUGCGCGACUCUCGGUUGAACGACUUCAUGGCGUACAAAUUCAUCGAUCAUCUCACCGAGAAUAUCACUCAGAACAAUCUGAACGACAUUGCUCACAAGCUGCGGGACGUGGCCAACCGGAUCCCACCGGGUAAGGAGAUGAACGACAUCAAGGUGAACCUGAAGAACCAGGCGCUGCACUUGUCCUCGUACCAGCUGAACCUCGUGGAACCGAUGCUGCGCUACACCAGCGAGCUGCGCAACCUGUCGACGACGCUCGAGCGCAGCCUCAAGUUCGGUAAGGAUUCGUUUGCGCUCGCCAUCGAAGACUUCCUCGAGCACAUUCAGAAGGCGGAGGCGUACAUCAACGUGCAGGGCCAGAAGUUCGUGGAGGACGUCACGUCCGAGCUGGUCAACGGCAUCCUCCAGCAGAUCCACUCGUAUCUGAACCUGGUGAUUGAGGCCACCAGCAAGAACAUUGGCCGCUGCGGCCCUAUCGCCAACGUGUACGACUCGAUGACGGUCGCGACCUGCAACAGGAUUGUGGAUCCAUUCAACGGAUUCUGGGCCGGCGUCGGGUGGUGUCUCGCCAUCUUCCUGCCGACGAUCGUGCUGUGCGUGAAGCUGUCCACGCUCUACCACAAGUCGGAUCCGUACCCGGGCCCGCUGGUCGAAUCAGAGCCACGUUUGGUGAAGACCUCUUGAAUUUGUUUCGUUUUUUUGAUUGUUUUAAUUUUAAGUAGAGAUGUGAUAACUUGUAAUAAGUAUUACACAAACAGUAGUAGUGCCUGUUUGAGUGUAGAUUAGUAUUUGCAUAGAGUAGAUUUGUAGUAUUAUAGUUUAACUGUACAAAGUGAAGCAUUCUCAUGCUUGCUGAGUUGCAAGACAAUCCCGAGUCGUGGUUUUCAUGGCAUUUUUUUUGCAUAUGGUGAAAGAAAGCUAAGUGGAUGAAUGGAUUAACAAUGGUUGCAUACUAACAGUACUACUGACCCAAAGAUGGUUUAACUUUCCUCGAGUGUGUUUUUGGUAAGUUUCUUGUGGUGUUUUAUGUUUGUCAUUCAGUUGGCUUUCUUUCUACUAACGAUUUCAUACUCUUCGGAAUGCAUAACUAAACUAACCUGUAAAAAAUGAGAUUUCAACUAAAGUUAACAAGUCUGAUUUUCACAAGUACUAUGUUGUUCACUAGUUUUGUGUUAUUAUUGUUGGUUGUAGUGGUUGUAGAUGUUGUUUUGGUUAUGGAUCUGGCUUGUGUAAAUAUAUUCUUUUAGAAUAGGUAAGUGUUGCUGUGGAAUAAACGUAAUUGAACACACUGUUGACAGUGUCAAGCGAG